CUUGGACUGUCUUGACUCCUAACGAAGCCCACCAGUCCUGGUUUGGUGGCGCUCUGACAAUCCAACGUGAGAGUCAUGACUAGAUGUUACUCAGAACCUGCCUAGUGAAAAUUCUCCUACUUUCAUCCCUUUAUAAACGGUUUGAUACGCGCUAUCUCUACCCUUGAUGCUCAUGUCCGCACAUGCACCGCUACAUCUGACAAAUCACUCCGGAAAUCGCGCAUCGCACCCACUUCCAACAUGACAGCCCGUAUCGCUUUCAUCGGGAUCGGCCAAAUGGGCCAGGGUAUCACCACGAACCUUGUCCAGCACGGAAUCUUCUCCCGCCCGCUCACCAUCUACAACCGUACCAAGAGCAAGGCCGAAGACCACGCCGCACGUAUCGGCAACUGCCGUGUCGUCGACACCGUCGAAGAGGCCGUCGCCUCGUCGGAUAUUAUCUGGUCGUGUCUGCAGGACCAGGGUGCUGUCCAGAGUGUCUUCGAUAACGCCCUAGUGCAUGAUAUCCGAGGCAAACUCUUCGUUGAUAGCUCGACUAUCGGGCCCGAGGGUACAAAUGAAAUUGCGAGACAGGUGAUCGCCGCUGGCGGGGAGUUUGUCGCUAUGCCUGUGAUGGGUGAGCCCAAAAUGGCACACAAGCAAACCCUCACCUGUAUCCCGUGCGGAAAAGUUGAAUCAGUCGAUCGCAUCCGUCCAUUUCUCCAAGGAGUCAUCUGCCGCAACAUCGUCGACCUCAGCGGCGAAGAACCCGGCACAGCCCUCCUCCUCAAACUAAUGGGCAACGUGAUCAUCCUCGCGACGAUGGAAACCGUUGCGGAAGUCAACGUCUUCGCCGAGAAGUGCGGUCUCGGCGUCCGCAACAUGAACAAGCUCAUGACAGCACUGUUCCCUAACCCCCCACACGCAGCAUACAACGACCGUAUGCUGAGCGGUGACUAUCACCGGACUACACCCAUGGUCGAAGUGCAAAUGGCGCUCGCACUCGCUGAAAAGGUUAAAUGGCUCGCCCACAGCUGCGGCGCAUCGAUCAAGAUCUACGAUAUCGCAUGCGAUCAUCUGGAGACGGUGCUGGAGCACGAGGGACCAAGAGGCGACGCAAUUGGAAUUUACGGUGCCGUGCGUAUGGAAAGCGGACUGCCUUAUAAGAAUGAUCCUGAGCCGUUGGACUAAACACAUUCUUUGGAUAUGGCCUGCACAUGGAGCAGAAUGCAUGUGGAUGUUUAUUUUAAUUCGGGCUUUCAUCACGUUAAAAUUGACUUCCUUAUGAGUUGCCCUAUCCACUGCAUAUGAAUAAUUGAAUUGCAAUUAGCCAGCCGUGUUUCAACUUUGUCUGCGUGUAUCUAGGCCGGUUCGUGGUGAUGAACUAACCUAGUUUUAUAAAAGUCUUCUUGGCGGACG